AAAAAUCAUGGAGUACCCCCAGACCAGCUAUCUCGCCACGUGUACGUCUUCUAUUGGUGUUUGUUUGUGAGGAGACACAAAGCUUAUUGUUGAAGAUCCAAGCCAAGUACUGGAGCUGCCAUGAACAUCUUCAGACUAGUGGGAGACCUGUCCCACUUACUGGCCAUCAUUAUCCUGAUAGCAAAGAUAUGGAGGACAAGAUCAUGUGCAGGUAUCUCUGGGAAGAGUCAACUUCUGUUUGCUCUGGUUUUCACAACAAGGUAUCUCGAUCUCUUCACUAACUUUGUGUCUCCGUACAACACGACCAUGAAGGUGUUCUUCCUGGGGACGGCCUUCGGUACUCUAUACCUCGUCUUCUUCAAGUUCAAGGCAACGUACGAUUCUAACCACGACACGUUCAGGGCCGAGUUCCUCGUCAUACCAGCCGUGGGGUUGGCCCUGCUCGUUAACCACGACUUCUCUACGAUGGAGAUUCUAUGGACCUUUUCCAUCUACCUCGAGAGUGUGGCCAUCAUGCCCCAGCUAUACAUGAUCUCUAAGACAGGGGAGGCUGAAACCAUCACCUCUCAUUACCUCUUUGCCCUCGGGGCCUACCGUGCUCUGUACAUUAUCAACUGGGGCUAUAGAUUCUACAUGGAGGAUUUCUACGAUUGGAUUGCCAUUGUGGCUGGCUGUGUGCAGACUGCCCUCUAUUGUGAUUUCUUCUAUCUCUAUAUCACCAAAGGUAAUUGUGUUCUCAUUAAUAAGAUGGGAGCUUCACACACUACCUGCGUGUUUUGGGCAGCUCAAGAGGGCCGAACGACCGAUCUAGUGUAUCAUUUAGACUCUGUGGACAAGAAGAGAGCUCUGUCACUAACAUACACUGAUAAGAAAUGGACUCCCCUCCAUGCAGCCGUGAUGAGGGGCCAUCAGCAAUGUGUCAGGAUAUUGUAUGAAUCAGGGGCAAAGUUGACUGUUCGUGACAAGGAUGGGUAUGCUCCUAUUCAUUUGGCCGCUAAUUACCAGCACUUGUACUGCCUCCGACUCCUCGUCCAACUGGGUGCCUCUGUUGCCAUGGAGACAAAGUUUGGAGUGACACCUCUCCAUCUUGCUGCCUCAGUGGGAAACUCCCUCAUUACCGAGGAGAUUGUCAAACAGGGGGCCUACAUUGAUGCCCAAGAGUCUUGGGGGCAGUCCCCUCUAAUUAUCGCCGCUACUAAAAGCCGACUGCACACAAUGGCGACUCUAUUGAGACUCGGCGCUGACACGGAGAUACGAGACUAUCACCAUGGUUACACGGCUCUCCACGUUGCCGUCAACACGAGGGACGAGGAGAACGUGUUAGUGCUGCUCGACACGGGAGCUAGGCUAGAGGCAACUGACAAGGAAGGACUGACUCCACUCGGGCUGGCACUGAGAAACAAGUUCUAUCGUGUUGUACCUCUUCUGAUUGAAUACGGGGGAAAGUUGGGGGACGAGGAUAGGAAGUUACUGCCCCACCCACUCCAGGAGUGUAUCGACAGGAUGGCAGACACUCCACUGUCUCUGCAACAGUUGUCCAGAGUGAACCUUCGCAAGAGUCUUGGGCCCUCUAAGAUGGACCAGCUCUCUGAGCUAGGACUGGAGCCUGACUUCGAGGCAUACGUUCGCUCCAUCCUGGACAUUUGUGAGGGAGGGGAUAUCAAGCGAGUGGCAGUGCAGGCACAGGCCGUGGAGGUCAAGGGGCAAGUCCCCUUUAACAAAGGAACCUUGUAGUUACCCACCCACCCAACUGCAAUGGACCAAUUAUGUGUUUGAUGUUCGUCUAUAUAAGUAUACUGUACAUAUCAUUAUAGCUAUUAUAAUAAUUAUGUUCUGUUUAUUCAUUAUAAAGAUUUAUGAAGUGUAUGUACAUAUAUUUUUUCACUUUAAAAUUGCACAAAAAUAAAUGACACAAAAAUAAA